AUGGAGCAGCUCGAGCGCUUCAGGUUCGCACGGCGAGGCGUUGCAGAGCAGUCAGCAGAAGAACCUGCGGACUCGCCCUUCUCGUUCUCGCCGACUACCACCAAUGCCAGUGUUCAUCGUCAGCAAUUUCGGGCGCCUGCUACACAGCCACUAGCAUAUACGAGCCAGGAUCAUGUCGCACCGUACCCGAUAGGCUCCGGAGGCAACGUUGCGCCCUCGCACUACCAUAUGCAAGCCCUUGCUGGCAGUGACGCGCCGGCUCUGUCCAUGAGCUAUCACGACGAGCAGAUUGCGCCCUCAUCGCUGUAUAGCUCUCCUACACCGCACGCAUACGCUCAAGCUGCCUCGUCAUCCUUGUCCAGUCCGCCUUCAAGGUCUCCUCUCGUGAAACCGCACCAGUUGCGAUCUAUGCAAACGUCAACGACAGGAUCUCGUCCUGCAUACAAUCGUCCCUCGACCUCUCAUGGCCUGAGGCAGCCAGCAUCCUCUGUCUCCGUCACUCAAGGCAACGCCCUUCAAGCUCGUCAUGGCAUCCCACUCACCAGAGUCUCCGAGCUUCCAGAUCGUCUUCGAGUUGCAUUCGGCUUCCCGCUCUUCAACGCCAUUCAAAGCAUAUGUUUCGACGCGGUGUACAAGAGCGAUGAGAACAUUGCUGUCUCAGCUCCCACGGGCUCCGGCAAGACGGUUCUCUUUGAGCUCGCAAUCAUGCGGAUGCUCACCGUUGGUGGCCCGGACUCAAAGGCAGUCUACGUUGCGCCGACAAAGGCUCUAUGCGCCGAGAGAGCAAAAGACUGGAUUGAACGGUUGCAGCCACUCGGCUGCCCAGUUGUCGAGCUCACGGGAGACACCGAUCGAGCCGCAUUCGCAGCCGCACGCAAAUCAAGAGUCAUCAUCACGACGCCAGAGAAGUGGGACAGCCUCACUCGUAGCUGGCAGACCUACGCCAAGAUUCUUGACCGUCUCGAGCUCUUUCUGGUGGACGAAGUGCACACAUUGCACGAGAAAGAAAGAGGCGCUCGACUAGAGACCAUCAUCGCUCGCACACAGACUUUUGGCAAAGAUGUCCGCUUCGUCGCCGUCUCAGCCACGGUUCCCAACCUCUGCGACAUCGCGACUUGGCUUGGUGCUCGACGAGACAGCAACCAUCAGCAACAACGCCGUGGCGCUCAGCUAUUCGAAUUCGGCGAGGAGUAUCGCCCAUGUCCACUCCACAAGCACGUUUACGGCUACCCGUCGAGAGGGGAAGAAUGGGGCUUUCAAUCGUCACUCAACUCAAAGCUGCUUGGUGUGCUUCGCGACCACGCCCAUGGCAAGCCCUCUCUCGUCUUCUGUCCUACGCGGAAAGCCACCGGCCAAGCAGCUCGAGCAAUCAAGGAAGACUACGCCAAGCUAAUCGCGUCCGAGUCGCCUCUACCGUGGUCGAAGCUGACAGGCAUCGCCAACUACACUAAUGCAGACCUACAAGGUCUCGCCGAAUAUGGCAUUGCAGUUCACCACGCUGGCCUGCCCCUGGAAGACAGGCGCACAGUGUGCAAAGAAUUUCUCGCGGGCCGCAUCAACGCGCUGUGCUGCACUUCAACGCUAGCCAUUGGCGUCAACCUCCCCGCCUACUGCGUCGUCAUCCGUGGCACCAAACGCUAUGAAGGCAGUGAAUGGACAGAGCUGACGGAUCUCGACCUGAUCCAGAUGCUCGGCCGUGCCGGUCGCCCAGCAUUCGACACAGAAGGCACGGCCGUCAUUCUCACUGAGCAGUCGAGGAAGCGCUACUACGAAGAGCUGGCGUCUGGCAAGAUGACGAUCGAGAGCACGCUCCACCUGAGCCUCGUAGAGAUGAUCAAUUCGGAGAUCGGGCUGCGUAAUGGUAGGUGCACUGUGGAGCAGCUCAUCGCGCUGUUGCGCAAGACCUUCCUAUUUGUCAGGAUGAAAGCGAACCCGCAGCACUACAUGGCCGAGUGCGACACGAGGGGAGACCUCCCACCCGAGGAGACACUCGACAUGCUCUGCCGCCAAGCGCUGGCAAAGCUUGAGAAGAACGAGCUCAUUGCGCGCGGAGAUGGGCAGCAGAAUUCUCUCGCCCUUACCGAGCUGGGCGACAUCCUGCUCAGGACCUGCGUGUCAUUCGAGACGCUCCUCCUCCUCCUCAAGUUGCGCGCUGCUAAAGUCUCCGACUUGCUCUCCACCAUCUCGCAAGCGCGAGAGUUCGCCGACCUCCGACUGCGCCAAGAGGAGAAACCUUUCUACUCCAGCCUACGCACCAAUGCUGAGAUCCGCUGCCCACCGGCAAAAGUGGUCAAUGUGGCCGACAAGGUCAAUCUCAUCAUCCAAGCCACCCUCGCAGGCGUGUCACUGCAGAGCGAAGCGAAGGCCAGUAACCUUUUCGAGGGAUCAUCGACCAAUGCAACGGGAGACUUGACUGCCAUCUUCAAGAAUGCUCCACGCAUUCUCCGCGCUGCCAGCGAUGUGGCCAUUGCAAAGAUCGAUGCGGUUACCCUACAAAGCAGUCUAGAGCUCGCACGCUCCUUGAAUGGGAAAGCGUGGGACAAUUCGGCCGUCGUGCUGCGCCAACUGGACAACAUUGGAGAGAAGAGCAUCAAGGUCCUUGCGAGCGCUGGCAUCCACGACUACGGGGAUGUGGCUCGCGCCCAACCUCACCGCCUCGAGCUGUUGCUCAAACGUAACCCGCCCUUCGGUCAUCGACUUUGCGACGAAGCCGCCUCCCUACCAGAGCUGGAGAUCACGAUUGAGCAGCAGCUCAACAUCGCACCGCGUGUGGACAAAGCAACGGGACUCGUCACGGUACCGGUCAAUGUGGCCGUCUACGCAAAGCAAUGCCCACGCAAAGGAGUGCAGCGUCGCUUCAAGUCGAAACGGGAUGGGCAGCCUUACCACUUUACUGUGCUCACCAUGACGUCGGACGGAGAGCAACUCAUCGACUUUCGCAAGGCGCCGCUCAGGGGUCUGCUGGACCCAGAGACUGGGCAGGGAGGGGCUGCGCCUUUCCACCUCGAGUGUAAAGUGAGCAGGACCGAUCAGAAGGUGAUUGUGCUGGCUUCCUGUGAAGAGAUCGCAGGGUCUCAGGCGAGGGCGGAUCUUGAGCUGCAAGUGGACGCGGCCUUGUUUCCGGAGAUAGUGAUGGCAGAGGAGCGGCAGCGAGGCCACUCGAUCGAGCUUGAUGGGCUGGAGGACUGCUCGGAGCUGUUCCGUGACGAAUUGAGCACAGCGGGUGGCAGUAAUGAAGAGGCCAGCGACGAGGUGGAGCGCGAUCUUUUGGCAAGGGAUGCGGGCAGCAGCUCAAGUCAUUCCCGGGUAAGCCAAGGCAUACCAGCUCCCCCACCUAGCAAGUCGGGCCCGUAUCCUGCCGCUUCGAGCAGCAAGAGUGCCCAGCUUGCGUCCUCACCGGACCAGACCGGCGUCACAGGUCACCAGCGCAGCCAAAAUGACAUCGAUGGGCCUCAAAAGAAGCGCGCCCAGCCGCAGAGCCAAGCCAAAGGCAAGAAGAAAAAGCGUGCCAUCUCUGCAGAAGAAGAGGCUGAGGUUAUGGGCGGGCUGCAGCGUUUCAUUCAUAAGAGCCGACAAGCAGGCAGUGGCGUGCAGCAUGUCUCGAACGCAAGCAAGGCGCGGGGUGAAGCCGCCGACGAUGAAGAGAUUCCUGCGGGUUCUCGACAGGUCGUGGCACCGGCGCUCACAGCUGCUGUGGCCAAGAUCGCGAAGUCGCAAGCACGAUCGCCUCGCCGAUCCAUUGCGGCCUCACCAUCAGCCUCAAGUCGCCCCAUCGCCUCUCAGCAAGCCAAGAAGCGCACCCAGGCCGCUACGCUGGCGCUGCAUGAUGGCAGCAACUCCGAGAUUGACGAGCUCCUCUCACCUUCUUCGGCUUCUCCACCUUCAACACCUCCCUCACCUGGUCGCCUCCUCAAACCGCUCCCUCGUCGCUCACCAGCUAGGCAGACACGACGAGAAGACCUGGACAUUGAGGCUGCACGGCGCGAAGCUGAGGCCGAACUUCAAGUUGAAGAGGCGAGGGAUUGGAACAGAAUGAGGCGAAGUGACGCCAGGAAGGGUGGAUUGCGACGAUUGGGAACAGGCCAAGUUGUGAAUCAGUCACAAGCGCACCCCUCACAGGCCACUACGAGCAUUGCCGACGCCGGUGCCAGGUCGACGGGUUCGGCUCUCGACGACGAUGACAAUGGUGACGUGAAUCUGCACAGAUCAAGCGAGGACUUCGACAAUGAGAUCGAUUGGUCUUUGGUCGGCGAUCACGGAGAGCAGCAGCGGUCCACUCUCAACAAGAAUGCUCCGUUCAAAGCCAAAGCUCCAGCUCCCUCUACCGAUGAGGACGACGCUGCUGCUGCCGCCAAGCAGCGUAGAGAGACAAGUAGGGCUCGACGACGCUUCUUGCGUUCGUCGUCGCCGUUGAGCAACGACGCUCCGGAGGGAAGGAGUGAGGGAGGGCUUGUUGAGAGUGAAGAGGAGGAGGGUGUUGAGUUGCCCUUGUGCGUCUUGGUGGAUGGCGAUGAUGCUGCUUACGAAAGCGCAGAGCAAGGCCGGCGAGAAGAAGCCAGCAGUAGGCAGAGAGACAGCGCAUCCAGCGAAGGCGGAACUCGGCAAGUAGCGAGCCGUCAUGGGAAGGGCUCCUCACCUCCCUCGUCGUGCAGUAUCGACCUUCCGGCGCAUACUCUCGUCGACGAUCAUGGUGGUCGAACAGCGGUCCCUCAGAAGCAGCACCACCUUAGCUUGGCUGCCCUUGCUCAGUCGACGCCUGUGCCAUCGUCCGCCUUCGCGGAGUCCAAGGCGAUCGAGUUCGACGAUAGUGAAGAGGCUUGGGAUCGCUACCUUGAAGCGCAUGUAGGGUAGUGGCAGAGAUUUUGAAGAGAUUUUCGAUGGCUUUGACUUCUCUUUCGUUAUCCACACUUCUCCAUUGUAUCCAAUGAGAUUGAUGGCUACGU